AUGGCAACCGUGCCAUGCCGCGCGUCCCUUCUCAUGCUACUAAUGCUCGUGCACCCCUGCUGCUGCGCAGCACCGGCCGCCGAUGAGAGGCGGCUUCUCAUCCAGAUCAAGCGCGCGUGGGGCGACCCGUCCACGCUCGCGGCAUGGGACGGCUCGGCCGACCACUGCACCUGGCCCUACGUCACCUGCGUCGCGCCAUCCGGGCCUGUCACAAGCCUCUCCCUCGCCAGCACAAACGUAGACGGCCCGUUCCCGGACGCCAUCGGCGCCCUCUCCGGCCUCACGAGCCUCGACAUCUCCAACAACGGCGUCACCGGCGCCUUUCCGACAAGCGUAUACCGAUGCGCUUCUCUCCGGUAUCUGGAUUUGUCCCAUAACUACCUCGGCGGCGAGCUACCCGCCGACAUGGGCGGCGCGCUCGGGGAGAACCUCACCUCUCUAGUGCUCAACGGCAACCACUUUAACGGUACCAUCCCCACCUCCUUGUCCCGGUUACGUAACCUCCAUUCGCUUGCGCUGGACAACAACCACCUCGCCGGCACCAUCCCGGCAGAGCUCGGCGACCUCACGGGCCUUCAGACGCUCACGCUCCUGAACAACUUGUUCAGCGUUGGCGAGCUGCCGGCGUCGUUCAAGAACCUGACCAAGCUGAAAAAAUUCUGGGCGGCUAACUGCAACCUCACCGGCGACUUCCCGAGCUAUGUGGCCGAGAUGCCGGAGUUGGAGGCGCUCGACCUCUCGGGCAACGCCUUGACCGGAAGUAUACCUCCGGGGAUUUGGAACCUCCCCAAGUUGCAAAAGGUGGAUCUAUCUGCCAACAACCUCGCCGGCGAGGUCGUGGCAACCGAUGGUGCCUUCGGCGCCGCGAAUUUGGUGACGAUCGAUCUGUCCUUGAAUCACAGGCUACGUGGGCUGAUUCCGGAAGGCCUCGGUCACUUACCGAACCUUGAAACUCUCAACUUGUCCGGUAACCAGCUCUUUGGCAGGAUCCCGAGGAGCAUAGCCAAGCUCGGCUUGCUGACGCAGCUGGACCUGAGCAGGAAUCAGCUCGUCGGCGAAAUACCGGCAUAA